UCCAGACUCACACAUUCAUAUGGAGAUUUGGGAGUAUAAAUAGAGGGAGAGGAGAGAGAGCUGAGCACAGAUCUGAUUUGAUCCUAACAGAGAACCGAACACAAGACACACAGCCAUGGCACCUACAAUCACUGGAUCAAUCAUCAGCAGAGAACAACUUCCACUCUCAAACAAGCUGAGAAAGCCAAUAGAGGAGAAGAUCCGCAGAGAACGAAUCAACAGCAGCAUUGAGAAGCUCAAGUCUCUUCUGGGUCAAGAGUUCCUAAAGCAGCAGCCCGACUCCAGACAGGAGAAAGCUGAAAUCCUGGAGAUGACGCUUGAUUUCUUGAGACACCAGCAGCGCUCCCAGAAUCCCUCGGCCUGCAACUUGUGACGGACACUUUA